AUGAUACUUGAAUCGGUCUUCCUCAAAAACGUUAUUCUUUAUUUACAAACACUCUCUGACAUUAUAAAUUUCAUUACAAUAAAUAAGAAAUGUCAGGAAUCAAUCAAUACUAUGUUUAUUAACACAUACAAUUUAUCACUCUCAACUCCCGCAGGCAAAAUUUUAAAAAUGUUUCCAAGUCUUCAAACUUUGUAUUUAACUCGACUCCCUCCCAAUGUUGGUCGUCUUAACGUUAAAUCGAUUUCCCAAAUCGAUGUGAGUUUUUCUGAUAAAAAGAUGAAACUGACCGACUUCUUUAAAAAGUCGACUUUUCCUCCAAAAAUUCGCAAUUUACGAAUUUAUAGCAAAAGCAUUGAAUGGAAAACACCAACUUUUAAAAAAUUUACAAAACUUGUCGAAAUGUCAAUUUUCCUGUCACACAAUUCAAAAGACAAAUUUAAUAUAGUUGUCGUUCCCUCUCUAAAGAAAAUGAAUCUUUUUAUUCCAUUGCAACGCCUUGUAGAUAUUCAAGACUUCGACUUCAAAAGUUCAAGUCGAGUCCAAUUCAAUUUAAUAGUCUCAUAUAAGAGUAAGAGCCUUACACCAGAUUUCAGUGUUUUUGAACGUUUUAAAGGCUUAGAAAAUGUUAAAAUAUAUGUCACGUUUUUGGCACCUGAAACUCUGAAUUUAGAAUUUAUGACUCAUUUCGACUUUUUCUGCAAUGAAAGAAACAAAGAAAAAUUAAAGCGACUUACGGUGUUUUAUACUUUGGGAGGGAAGUGUGAGUUAAUUAAAAACACCAUUGAAAAGUGCUUUUAUGACGAACUUUUAGUUGUGACGAUAAUGAAAAUUUAUAUGGUCAAAGGGUGUGUGAAGUUUGAUGAGUGUAUGCUUGAAAUCGUCAAAAUAGUUAAUUACAGUGGAACACCCUUACUUAUUAACUCCGACAAUUUGAGAGUCAUUACAUUAAAUAGAACCCUUCGUUCAUUGUUAAAGUUCAGUAUCAAAGGGGUUUUGUGUGAUGAAGUUAUACUCACAGAUAAAAUGAUAAAAACAGAUUGUUGGUUCGAAGAGAAACAAGUUUUUAAAUAUUUAAUAGAAAAUGGCCAAUUUACUGUGUUCAAAGCACUCUGCGCGUGUGUUACUAUAACGGACAAAGUUAAAACAUUUUAUACAAGACAACUGGAAGGAGACCUCAGUAUUAUACCUUGCACAGAGUUCAAUAAUGAGGGAGAAUAUUUUUAUAAAACCUAA